GUUGGGAAGCAUGGAUCCUGAAAUUUGGAACCGACUAUCUCCAACGAUAGUUCAUUAUGUGGAGACAUUGGUUAGGCAUGGUCAGGUUGGGAUCGGCGCUGGAAAUAUUUAUAUCAAAGAUGUUUUAUCAAGUUGUCCUAGCAUAACACUUCCACCAAAAGGUGACCGUUUUAAAGUAGCCCUUCCAUAUGCUGGUUGUUUUGUAACAUGGGAGGUGCUGUUUGAUUGCAACCAUCCAGAUGAUCCUCCAGACUUCAUCUUUGAUGCUGACCAGAAAGGAUUUGCUCCAGAAUUAGAAACUAUUGAGUCUCUCAUUAACUGGGAUCAUUACAAAGCUUCAUCACUUUUGAUAGUUCUCCAAGAAUUACUUGGCAAAUACCGCCUUUAUCAACAGCAGCUAGUUGAAUCUAAUUAUCGGUUGAAGUUUGAGUAUGAAUCCUUACUGGAACACACAGAUGUGAAACCUGAAGAGGUGGAGAUGCAUAUCUCAAGGACAGAAAACCAAGCUGUUGGACCUGUACACUUUUUAAUAAAAAUGUCUGUUGAUUUUUCUCGGAUACCAUCAUAUCUAACAAAGGAUGAUCCUGGUGAAGACAAUGCUGUCCUACUACUGAUGUUCCCUUACCCAGGAGCCCCCACAGUUAAUCCACAGCUUCAUCUGUCACCACGUGUUGAAAACGCUUUGGGAGGUUCAGCUAACCUGAGAAUCCCACCAUUUCCAAAUGGAGGUGUUCUCAUUGACUAUGUACCAAAGGUAAACCAGUUGUUAAAAAAUAAGGUGGAACAAGUUGUACAAAGUUAUGAGAAAAGGAAAGAAUAUAUAGCUUCUUUCUUAAGUCAUUUUGCAAGGUCUUUAAUAGAAUAUGAUGCUGAAGGGUUCUCCCGAAUUUCAUUUCUUUUUGAAUGGAAUGAUUUCUUUUUCAUUUUUGAAGGUAAGCCACAUCAUUUUUUCAAGAUGUAUCUUUCUACAAUUUCAGCAUUAUCUGAUAUUCCUUGAGAAUGGCCAUACUGG